ACCAGCAGAGCUUCACAUUUUUCAUACUGGUGCUGACACCGGUUAUUAGACCUGCCACAGCAUCUGUUGUGUUGUGUUGUGUUGAAAAUAAAGACAUAUUGAUAAUAGGAUUGCCUGGGAGGACUGAGGAGACACUGAUGAUGAAGGAGGAUCAGGUGAAUGAAACAAUCCGGAUAUGGAGAGAAACUCCAGAAGAAGAUCUGAAGCCAGAGGACUACCAGCAGUUCAAGAAUUUGGGAUCUGCAUGUCUCACUCGGGGUGAUAACGUGCAACUACUGAAAUUCGUUCAGGAUGAGAAAAACCAGGGAAUUGUGAAGUCUAUGGGUUGCGUUCUCAUGGCACCUCUUGUAAACGAAGUAGUUAAAAAAGGGACGAGUCUCGAUCCAUGCCAGGCUGCCAUCACACAUCUCACCAGCACUUGCAGGCCAGAUGAACUCCUGCAUAGUUUGCUUGAACUAAUUGAGGACAUUGAUCCGGCUGCCAUUUCUGAGACCGUCAUAGCCCUCGUCCCACAUCUUAAAACAGUGCUGCUUCGGAUGGAGGGCAGAAAGGCAGCUCGUGUGGGCUUGGUUCUGGCUGCCCUGCAGAAGCAGUUGUUGCGGCUGCCUGUUCCUUACACCCAGCAGCAGGAGGAGGCUGAUGAGUACGGUCUGUGUUGCUGCUGCACCGCCCUGGCUGAAUUCAUAAAGUCUUUCGUGGAGGAAGUGAAGGGGAAAGACGGAAACUCUGUUACCACUGCUGAAGAUGAGGAGCUGAGGACUGAGCUUCUCAAGUUCUGCAUGAGGAGUUUACGGGAGCCUUUGCUAGAGGCUGAACUAAACCGAAACAGGAAAUCAUCACUUUGGAUCUUUGCAACAGAGAUAAUGGUCACACUACCUGCAAUCCAAGUGUCCCUGUCGGAGCUGCUGUUCUUCAGCUCUCUGAAGAAAAGCACUGUGAUGGACAAAAGUCAGUCAAAGGAAUCCAGAGCAUGUCUGGCCUAUCUGCUGUUUGUCCAGCUCAUCACCAUCGACAGCUUUCCAGCAGUGUUCAGUCCUGUAUUUGUUCUUCAGUGCAACAUGGAAUACAUCAAUGAACUUCUCAGUAGCAAAAAGGAAUCACACUUGCUGAAAGGACUGGCACUGUAUGGAAAGAGCUUGGAGAGCGUGCAGGACAACAGCCUUCCUGUGAGUCUACUGGAGCUGAAGAGCUUUUAUAGUGUACCACAGAAACUGCGGCAAGUACUGACUGACUGCCCAAUGCAACAUUUGAGAGAAUCAGGACUGCAGGUUUUCCAGCUCUUUAUCAAUAAAUUAGAUGCUGAGGCAAAGCACAAGUUUUUCAGGUGCAUGUUAAAAGUCAGCAACCAUGCAGGAGUGGAGAGUUAUAUAGUAAAGAACAUCAAGAAUCAAGUGGAAUUUUCCAUGAAGCCUGGCAAUGCCAAUAAAUGGUUCCUGGGAGAGGACUUUCUCUCAUUGCUGGGACUGGUGCUGAGUUUGCCUCAAGGUGCUGAGACAGAUCUGCUCAACAGUAUGGACAGGAUAAUGGAGAGUCUGAAUCUUCUGCGCUAUCUACUUAUCAGAGACAAAGAACCGUGGAGCAAUACGGAUGUGUGGGAAGAGCUUGGCAGGAUGAAAGACGAAUACCUAAAAAUGCUGCGUGUGUGUAUCAGCAUAUCAAGACCGUACUAUUCCGCUGAACUGAAGGCGCUGAGGGAGGAUCAAAAGCUAAAAGCAAAAGAAGCCAGAGAUGCUGCCAGAUCCACCAGAUUAGUCAAAAGCUUAACAGUGAAACAUGAAAACGUGUCUGAUAUGUCUCCAGAAGUCCAGCACCAGGUGUUGCAGAGUGCUUUGGUGACAUUUGACCUGAUGGAGAGUCUUAUAGUCCGGAUCGAGGAGAUCACAGAGGAAAAGCUGAAGAUCCAAAACUAAAUCGAGAA